ACCUCAACACCAACAUUUGGCAAGUGAACCCAGUUAGUUGCACUGCAACUCAGUGACUUGUUCCUCAGUUUCUGAUAACCCUUUUCACAAUGUUGUCCUCAUACUUCAACUUCCCCGUCAUGUCGGACACACGUCCAGAUGACCACUCCCUCCCUGCCUUCAUGGUCUCAACCACACGCGGCUUCCUUCCCCGCCAAGAACCUAUUGUUGAGUUGCCAAAGGAGUUCGCCCCUCUUGAGUCCUUGUUGCAGCGCAUGCCCAUCAAGACACUCUCAGGAGAGCCAGGCCUGCUGGCCAACUUCACCUUUGGCGACACCUUGCUCAAGGAACUUCCUGACCUUACUCCUGAAGUAGAAAAGUAUAGCCAUGACUUGGUCGUCAUGAACGCACUAUACCGCGACUACUCUUUCUUAGCUUCAGCAUAUCUCUUUGAGCCUUGCCAUGAGAGGCACGUAAAGGGAGAGGAGUAUGGACCUGGAAGACAGUCGUUGCCACGAUGCAUUGCGCUACCUAUUGUCAAGGUUGCUAAGAUUGCCGGUUUCAAGCCCUUUAUGGAGUAUGCUGGCUCAUACGCACUUUUCAACUAUCGCCUCGAAGAUCCCUCAAAAGGUCUUGAGUACGACAACCUUCGGUUGAUCCGAGCCUUUGAACAUGGUCUUGACCCAUCUUCUUCCGAGGCAGGCUUCGUUCUUGUCCACAUUGCCAUGGUCAAGGAGUCCGGCGCACUGAUUGAGGGUGCUUCUGAGAUGUUGGAGAGUUGUUCUUCCCAAGACCGAGAGCGCUUCAACGAUGGCCUGCGUACGUUGGUCGGUGGCUUGAGGAAUGUCAACGGUGUAAUGAACACCAUGUGGAAUCGCAGCAAGCCCCAAGGCUAUACCAACUUCCGAACGUUCAUCUUCGGUAUCACGUCGCAGUCCAUGUUCCCAAAUGGAGUCAUCUACGAAGGUGUGAGCGAGGAGCCUAUGUCGUUCCGUGGUGAAUCUGGAGCCAACGACAGCAUGAUUCCAAUGUGCGACAACUUGUUGCAGGUCCAGAUGCCCGAAACACCCCUCACAGACAUUCUUAAGGACUUCCGUCAGUACCGCCCGGGUAACCACCGCGAGUUCCUUGAGGCUGUCCGUGACUGCGCACAACAGGCGGGUGUGCGAGAGUUUGCCAAAGGCGACUCCGUCUCUGCGGCGCUUUAUCUCCAGGCUCUUGACCAAGUUCGCGACUUUCGUUGGCGGCAUUGGUGCUUCACGCGCGAGUACAUCCUCAAGCACACAUCGCACCCAACUGCGACUGGUGGCAGCCCAAUCGUAACCUGGCUUCCAAACCAACUGACUGCUGUUCUUAUGCAAAUGGCAGACACGUACGAGUACUGCAAGUCAGUCAACGGGGUGAGCGAUAUUAUGGAAACAGCCAACGUGCAGCGCGAGACACUGCGCAAGGAGGUGGCCAAGUACUGCGGCGAGCGCGGUGUGGCUGCGUCAUGAUAAUGAGACUGAUGUGUUGGCGCACGGUGAAGUUGCGGUGUCUUUUGCAUGAAGAUUGUGGGAGAAUGAAGUUUGUACAACAGCGACCAUCUCAUAUCUAGGUCUAGAUAGUAUACAAACGUGACUUGUUCAUGGACA